AUGGAUCUGCGGCAGAAGAUCCUAUCGACGGUGCACGCCACGGUGCUCGAGAACCGCCAUCGCCCCCACAACAAUGGCGACCCUCCGGGAACGAGCUUUUCGCAAGUGGAAGACAUACAGGUCACGGCGACUGUGCCGACAGACACUGACAAUGACGGGGGGAAGGCCGACGGUCUUCCGCAAACCGCGCAGCAGGGCGCGCAGCAGAGCGGUCAGAAGGGCAAGUGGACGGAGCAAGAAGUCUUGAGCGUGUUCCGCGAGGCCUCCGCGGGCAGCGCGUCCGCGCCAGCCGCAGCGCCGCACAGCGCCAGCUUCGGCGCAGCAGCAGCCGCGUUCCUCGAGGCGGGCGCAGGGGCUGCAGGGUCGGGCGGCAACAGGGGCGGCGGCGGCAACCCAAACAACCCAGGCGGGGCGGCAGCGGGCGGCGACGACGGCCCGACGCGCGUGCAGCGGUUUCUGAUGCGGCUAGCUGUGGCGCUACACGCAUACGGCAGUUCUGCCGCCCGCACCGAGUUCCUGAUCGAGCGGGCCGGGCGGCGGCUGGGUGUGGACGUGAGCGUGGCGGUGCUGCCAGACUUGAUUCUGCUCGCAUUCAACCGCGUGGUUGGGGACGAUACUGCUGGGCAGCGCACGCACAUGCUGUCCGUAUCCCCAGACAUGGAUCUGGACAAGCUGGGGCGAGUGGAUGAAUUGGCGCGCAGUGUGGGGCUGAGGGAGGCGCACAACCUCAUGGCGGCGUACUGGCAGCUAAGGGCCAUCGCCAACGCACCCCCCACCUUCUCCCCGCCCAUGCACCUGCUCGCCAUGGCGCUCAUGUCCGCCAGUGCUGCUGUGCUCUUCUUUGGCGGCAACAUGUGGGACGGGCUGGUGGCGGCCGUGCUGGGCUUCCUGGGAGGCGCCUUGGAGUAUUGGGCCAUCUCCCACUCGCAGGCAGUGACGUCCAUUCUCGAGUUCCUCGUGCCGGUGCUAGCAGCCUUCACGGCCAAUCUCCUUGCAUCCACGCUGAUGAGCGGCCGCAUCUGCAUCUUCGCCACUCUCUUCGGCGCCCUCGUCUGGUUCCUCCCAGGCGUGACACUGACAUUCGGUGUGAACGAGCUAGUAGCAAGAACACAGGUGACGGGCACGGCACGAGUGGCAGCGGCAAUAUUCACGUCGCUGCAGAUCGGAUUCGGCAUCUCCGUGGGCAUGGGGCUCUGCUUCUGGGCUGCCUUGCCCACUGCCCUCUCCGACUGCCCGCCCUCCCACCUGCCCCUCUGGACCAACAUUUUCUGGUUCGCCAUGUACGUGGUGGCGAGCAACAUAAGGUGCAAUGCACGGCUGGACCAGUGGGACGGCAUGACGCUCGUGGCGCUCGUGGGCUACGUGGUAUCUGAGCUCGCCUACCGCACCAUUGGCAACGACACUGCCUCUGUGGUUGCUGCAUUCGCCGUCAGCACGUCAGGCACCCUCUUCUCACACUACGCCCAGGAGUUCCCCCUCGCAAUGAAGAUUUCGGGGAUCCAGCUGCUGGUGCCGGGCGGCAUAGGCGUGCGCGGCGUGGCGGCCAUCCUCAACCAGGACGUGAUGUCGGGCAUCGGGUUCGUCUUUGAGAUGCUCACUGUUGGACUCGCCAUCACCAUCGGCCUCAUUCUCGCGAAUCUCGUUCUGCCCGAGUCCAUGUUUGCGCACGGCAGCCGCCCGCAUCAUAAUAAGAGGAGGCUUGCCGCGGAUUUACGGGCAGAUUCGAUGGCUCAUGGUGUGGUCGGGGGUCGGGUGGAUGGGGCGAGUGGGAGGGAUGAGGCGGCAGGGAGAGGGUUUGUCGCAUCGGCGCAACAGGCAGAGGCUCCGCGAGGCAUCACCGCGAAUGGCCCGAUAGGACACCACCUGGCGGACGCGGCGAGGGAUGAGGCAGAGCAAGUGGCGAAGCGGCAGCAGCGGACGACGUCGCCCAACCUGAGCCGCCUGGCUCUCUUCGUGGACCCGCUGCCGAUUCCGCCAGCCGUGGAUGCGUCCAAGCUGCCGCGUCGCAACGGACAGUCGCCCAAGGUCACGAUCGGCGUGUACAAUGUGAAGCGGGUGAGUCGCUGUUCACUGCCACCCGCUAGUGGCAACAGGCACAACGGAAAAUGUAACAAGUCUGGCAAGUCACACACCUUCCCCAAAGUUUCACCGCGACCUGCGUUCGGGCUGUCGCGCAAGACGGCGAGCGUGCCGGGGCCGACGAUCGUGGCGCAGCAUGGGGAGGAGCUGCGCGUGGAGUGGGUGAACAACAUCACGGACAAGCAGCACAUGCUGCCGCUCGACCGCACGCUCAUGGUGCCCCGACUCAAGCUCGGUGGCGUUCCCAUCGUCGUCCACGUGCACGGCGCGCAGGUGUCGAGCAAAUCCGACGGCCAUCCGUUCGCGUGGUGGACGCACCAGGGAGAGCGCGGCCCGACGUUCGCAUCGAACACGUACACGUACCCGAACGGGCACGCGGCGAGCACGCUUUGGUACCACGACCACACGAGCGGCAUGACGCGUCUCAACGUGCUCGCGGGCAUGUUCGGCGCAUACAUCAUCCGCCACCCCGCGCUGGAGGAAAAGUUCAACCUGCCCGCGGGCAGGUACGACGUGCCGCUGGUGAUUCAGGACCGCGCGUUCGUGAAGAACGGAUGGACCUUCCUGCCUAGCCAAGGCGUGUCCAAGGUGCAUCCGCACUGGAUGCCCGAACACUUCGGUGACUUCAUGACCGUCAACGGCAAGGUGACCCCCUACAUGCGCGUGGAGCGCCGCAAGUACCGCUUCCGCAUCGUCAACGGCGGCACUGCGCGCUUCCUCGAGCUCGUCUUCCGCGCAGCCCCCGCCAACACCGACCUCACUCUGCGGAACGCGCUCUCCGCAUCACCGCAACUCCCCUUCGUGCAAGUCGCCGCGGACGGCGGGUACCUCAACGCGCCAGUUCCGCUCCGCCGCUCCGUCCUGGGUCCGGGCGAGCGUGCGGACAUCGUUGUCGAUUUCUCCAAACUCCCCGCGGGCACCGCGGUGUACCUCACCAACCGCGCGCCCGCGCCUUACCCGGGGGGCGCUGUUCCACAGGGCGAUCUCCGCUUCGUGAUGCGCUUCGACGUCGUGCCCGCGACGUCCGCCGACACGACGCGCGUGCCAGCCACGCUCCUCAGCAUCCCAGCCGUCGAUCUCACCAAAGCUGUCAAUUUCAAGGCUCCGCGGAUCAUCAGCCUGACAGAGGUUGAAGAUCCCGCUUCCGGCGCGCCUGAGUCGGGCCUAAUGGAAGGGAAGCAUUUCACCGCGCCCGUGACGAUUAAACCUAAGUUUGGAACUACGGAGGUAUGGUACAUAGUUAAUCUGUCAGAGGACACGCAUCCCGUCCACAUUCACUUUGCGCCGCACCGCAUUCUCUUCCGCCGCCGCCUCAACACGACGCUGGUCGAGGCGAAGAAAUGCAGCAUGGCGGGCGGAAGCUGCUUCGUGGGGCGCGCGGUCGCGCCGCACCGGACGGAGCGCGGGCGGAAGGACACGAGCAAGGCUCCGCCUGGGUGGGUGACGGCGGUGGCUGUGGAUUUUGCGCCGUGGCAGGGCAAGGCGCUGUCGUUUGAUCCGCGUGAGGGGCCAGGAUACGUGCUGCACUGCCACAUCCUGGAUCACGAAGACAAUGAUAUGAUGCGCCCCUUCGUACUCGUUUGA